AUGUUCGAUUCUCAACGACCACUUCUCCUUUUCCAAUUUCAAAAUUCACGGAGAGCCGGCCGAAGUGACAUCCACGACGAUCAGGAAAACAGAGUGUUCAUCAAGUGCUCGAUCCAAAAAAUCGGUGGAGUAAGAACGAUUACUAUUGAAAUGACGUCGAUUCAAGGAAGCGAUAGUAGUUGGGUGGGAAGAAAACCUCUCAGACGACUUGGUGGCAUGUCAGAUGCCCUCUCAAUCGCUGCCGACCUUGGUUUCUCUGUAGCUCCUCCUCCUUCCCAGGAAGACUUGCAGAAUUUAUCAGGUGGAGGUGAAAAAGGCGAUGACUUGAUACGAGUCUUGAGGGAACUUACCUCUGUACAAAGAAAAAUUGCAGAUUUGCAAGUGGAACUUCAAGGUCGCAAGGAAGAUAAAAAUGUGGCACACUUGACACAUGUAAGUGAAAUGGAGAAAAAGAUAGAAACUUUAUCAAGAAUCACUACUAUAUUAAAAGAUGUUAUCCAGAAUAAGGACCGAAUUAUAGCCCGUCUUCAACAGCCAUAUUCUUUAGACUGCAUUCCUGUGGAAGCAGAAUAUCAAAAACAAUUCUCUGAACUAUUGAUGAAGGCUGCUAGUGAUUAUGGUGCUCUAACAGCAUCUGUUGCAGAUUUCCAGUGGACUCAAAACUUUAAAGAACCACCAUCCGUUUGGGGGGAGAUGCUACGGCCAAUCCCUGUGGCGUUGGCAUCAUGUACGAGGUUUUUUGAAGCGAUGACUGCCAUGAGAGAAUCUUUUGCGACGCUUCAAAAACUUAGGUUAGGACCCUCUGAGUCCGGAAUGACGAUAAUUCCCUUGGGAAGUAACGAUGUUUCUCAAAGAACAACAUCAAUGGAUUCCAAUUUUAUGACUCCACCUCCAUGGGAAAAGGAAUCGAGUUUUGAUGAUUUGGGUCUUGGAAGCUCGAAAAGGCAAGAGCAAGAAGAGAUUGGAAACAAUAGUGAUUUAGAUGGAAUGAGUAACCGAAGAUUAUCUUGGCCUUUGGGAAAGGCAACUGGUUUAUGAUAAAAUUGAUUUGAGUUUGUUUGUUGGUUUUAUUGUGUAUGUGUGUGUAUUUUCACCAUGUUUGAUGAGAAGAAAGUGUUUGAUUUUGCAUAUAAGAUUGAUUUAUAGAUAUGCAUGCAUUGGUGUUGUAAAA